AUGCGAGAGGUUACAUAUGAUACCGCCACGCCUCGAGUUCUCAUCGGCUCAGACAACUGGCACCUCAUAUUCCCACUAGAAGCUCGUGUUGGCUCGAAGAAUGAACCCGCAGCAGUUAGGAUAGACCUUGGCUGGUUAAUAUAUGGACGCGCGCCGCAGAACCCGCGACAAGCUGAACGAGUGCUGCAUCUCUCACAAGCAAGUGAACGAGACGGUGAGUUAAACAAACAAUUGCAACGAUAUUUUGAAACAGACUCCCUGGGGAUAAAGCUGAUCGACAAGGUGCACCCGCAGGAUGAGCGAGCACAAAAGUUGUUUAACGACACUGUAAAGCAUGUGAGUACACCAGAAGGCCCAAGAUACGAAGUAGGGCAGCUAUGGCGCGAGGACGACCCCAAGCUCCCGCCUAGCUACAGCAUGGCCCUAACAAGACUGCGCGGGAUAGAAAGAAAAAUGGACAGGGAUCCCAACUUCGCUGCUAAAUAUACUGCGCAAGUGGAUAAUUUGCUCAGGAAGGGAUAUGCUGAGAGAGUAAGUGAACCCGGCCCAGAUCCAAGAUCAUACUAUCUUCCUCAUUUUGCUGUCCAUAACCCGAACAAACCAAAGAAGAUUCGUUUGGUUUUCGACGCAGCAGCAUUGAAUCAAGGGCAAAGCCUGAACAAUUUCAUUCUUGAAGGGCCAGAUAUGUUACAAUCACUGUUAGGUAUAAUGUUACGCUUCAGGGAAGGUGCGUUUGCAGUCACUGCAGAAGUAGAAGAGAUGUUCUUGAGAAUCCAGAUCCGUGAAGAGGACAGAAACUCGCAGAUGUUCCUGUGGCGUGCAGAGCGCCGAGAUGGCGUCCCCGAUGUGUACCAAAUGAAGUCAAUGGUGUUUGGAAUCGCGAGCUCCCCGUUCCUCGCACAUUCGGUAAGAAAUUACAAUGCUUAUGCUCACGAGAACCGCUACCCGAGGGCCUUGGAAGACAUAGUAAGAAAUCAUUACAUGGAUGACUAUGUUUCAAGCUAUGAGAACGAAGCAGAGGCCAUCGCCAGCGCUGAAGAGGUGACCGCCUGCCACGAACAGGCAGGAUUUCAUCUCCGAGGGUGGUCCAGUAACUCAUCGCUUCUCCUAGAACGGAUCCCGGAGGAACUGCGGACUGACACACCCACACUCAUCGGUGAUAAGGAUCAAAAGGUAUUGGGUUUAACCUGGGAUGCAAGAACAGACCACCUCGGCUUUAACACAACCAUGAUUCGAGUCCCCAGUGAAGUUAAAAAUCUAAAAAGGGCUCCAACGAAAAGAGAAACUCUCAGCGCAGUAAUGAGCAUUUAUGACCCGUUAGGAAUAAUAUCCUAUUUCUCAAUUACAGUGAAGAUCCAGCUGCAGCGACUCUGGGGCCUUGGUUUGGAUUGGGACGCCCCGCUGCCGCCAGACGAGUGCAGGGAGUUCCAGACAUGGUUGCUAGCGCUAGAACACGUCGGCAGACUGCGCAUUCCCCGUCACUACGGGCCUAUGGAAAUGGUGAGACGAACCCUCCAUAUUUUUGUUGAUGCCUCCUCACAAGCUUACGCAGCGGUCGCUUACUGGCGUAUCGAAAGACGAGGGGAGAUCCACGUCAGUCUGAUCGCAGCGAAGGCUAAAGUGGGACAGACGCGUGCUAUUUCAAUACCAAGAGCAGAGCUACAGUCAGCCCUGAUCGGAGCCCGACUGAAGAAAACUAUCCUAGAACAACACAGGUAUGAAGUCGAAGAAGUCGUAAUGUGGUCUGACAGCCGAACGACGCUGCAUUGGGUACGCGAGAACGCACGUCGUUACAGCGCCUUCGUCUCGCACCGCCUGGGUGAGAUCGCCGAACUCACAGAACCAGAACAAUGGCGAUGGGUCCCAACCCGACAGAACGUCGCGGAUGACGCUACCCGAGCGGACAGUACACGUGAGUUUGACAUAACACACAGAUGGUUCCAAGGACCCGCCUUCCUGAAACUACCGAGAACAGAAUGGCCAAAAGAACCCUCGAACCAGCCAGAACCAGAGCUAGCAGUAUUGGAGGUCAAGCAGUGUUUUGCUAGUCGCGAAGUUAACUCGCCACUGCUGCCUGAUGCGAGUCGACUCUCAAGUUAUGAUCGUCUACUGGGAGCGACUGCACGAAUGUUACAAUUCAUUGACAUUUUGAAAUCUAAAACUAAGGUGACCUUACAACACAAACAUAUUCUGGCUGCCGAACAUUUGUUAUUGCAGAGAGCGCAGAAGGAAGACUUCGCUGACGAACUCCGGAGCCUCCGCCGCGGCGAGCCCCUGACGAAAGGCAGCGCGCUCUUCGAGCUGGACCCCGAGCUGGCGGCUGACGGCGUGCUCCGCAUGCGGGGUCGCAUCGACGCCGCGCCCGUGCCUAUCAACAAGAGGCCGGCCAUACUACACGGACGAAACCGUUACCAUCGGGAGACGUCACGAGAAGCGCUGGGUGGCGCUCUACACCUGCCUGACGACCCGGGCGGUGCACUUGGAGCUCGUGCACUCGCUCAGCACCGACUCCGCCAUCAUGUCGCUCCGUCGCAUGGCCGCACGACGCGGCUGGCCCCGCACGAUGUGGAGCGACAACGGGACCAACUUCCGUGGCGCCACGAAGGAGCUACGGGCUGCUUACCAAGAAUGGCUGCCCGCACUGCAGCAGUACGGCCUGCAGUAUCGCUUGAACUGGCGGUUUGUUCCCCCCGGCGCACCGAACCAGGCCGGCGCUUGGGAGCGCAUGGUGCGGUCUGUAAAAGCCGCCCUCACGACGACGCUACACUCGCGAGCACCCAAGGAAGAGGUGCUUGCGACUCUGCUGGCGGAGGCCGAGGCGUGCGUCAACGCUCGGCCUCUCACCCAUGUCUCGGUCGAUCCCCGUGAUCCCGAGGCCCUGACACCGAACCAUUUCCUGCUCCACGGCCCCACGGGAACCCCCCUCACUGGUCCCUGUGGCGAGAUCAGCCGACGAGCCUGGAAAGUCAGCCAGGCACUCGCCGACUCCUUCUGGCGUCGCUGGGUGCGCGAGAUCCU